AGGCGAGGGAAUAUUGAGAAACGGUUAUGCUGUACAACUCCCUUGCGAAGGAGGAGGGGGGAAGGAGACACCGGGGUGCUGCGGCUACCUCCGACGAAACCCUAACCCUAGUUCUCCUCCUACCGCUAUAUCCCGAACCCUAGCUCCCCCACGCUUCUGCGGCGGCGCCGCCUCGAUCCUCCGGAGCCCUCGCCGCUCCCGCAGCGGAGGGAGAAGAUGCGGGGCCUCUUCAGGUCGAAGCCGAGGCCCCCGGCCGACGUCGUUCGGCAUACGAGGGACCUCCUCGCCUACGUCGAUCGCAAGUGGGACUCUCGGGAGGCGAAGAGGGAGGAGAAGAUGGCUGAAUUGAGCAAAAAUAUCCGGGAGUUGAAAUUUAUCCUCUAUGGCAGCAGUGAAGCUGACCCAGUCCCUGAAGCAUGUGCCCAGCUGACCCAAGAAUUCUUUAGAGAGAACACUCUACGUCUACUAAUUCUUUGCCUUCCAAAACUGAAUUUAGAGACUCGAAAAGAUGCUACUCAAAUUGUUGCAAAUUUGCAACGACAACAAGUCCAUUCCCGGCUGAUUGCUUCUGACUACCUGGAAGCGAACAAAGAUCUUUUGGAUAUUCUAGUUGCUGGGUAUGACAACAUAGAUGUUGCUUUACACUAUGGUGCUAUGUUGAGGGAGUGCAUUCGCCAUCAAUGUGUUGCAAGGUAUAUCUUAGAGUCUGAGCACAUGAAAAAGUUUUUCGAUUACAUACAGAAUCAGAACUUCGACAUUGAAUCAGAAGCCUUUGCAACUUUUAAAGAGCUUCUGACAAGGCAUAAAUCAACCGUAGCUGAAUUUCUUGCAAAAAAUUUCGACUGGUUUUUUGCAGAAUAUAACUCUAGGCUGCUAGAAUCCACGAUUUACAUUACAAAAAGGCAAGCCGCCAAGCUUUUGGGAGACAUGCUACUUGACAGAUCAAAUUCUGCAGUUAUGGUGCGAUAUGUUAGUUCAAUGGACUAUCUUAGAGUUCUAAUGGGGCUUCUCACGGAUGAAAGUAUGACAAUUAGGAUAGAAGCAUUCCACGUAAUAAAGUUGUUUAUUGCUAAUCAAAACAAACCACGAGAAAUUGUAUUUAUACUGGCAAAGAACAAAGAGAAGCUUCUCCGGCAUAUCGAGGAAAUCAAGAUGGAAAAAGGGAAUGAUCAGUUUGAAGCGGACAAAAGUCAAGUUAUCCAAGAAAUUGCGGGGCUGUGAAACUGGAAAAUCGUUCCCGAGUUUGAUAAAUUUGUCUUUGUCAUUUUAUCUUUUCUAUUAUGUACAUAACUUUCAUCAUGUUGUUCCGUGGAAGGUGAAAAAGUAACAAAAUAUAAUUAAAUGCAUUGUGGGAUUAUUAUCAUGUUCUUCA